UGGUUGUCAUGAGAGCGGUGGCCGCGGCCCGAGCGCUGGGCGAAGGCGGCUGGGGCUGCACCUCAGCUGCCACCGCCGCUGCGGCUCGCGGGGGCUGGCGGGCCCGGGGCUGCGAAGGCGGCGCUACCUGAGCUCCGCCGAAGGCGCGGCGCUGCCGGGGUUGGGCGGAAGGCCCUGGGGGUCGUGCGGGAGCCCAGGUCCGGCGGCCUUCCGUCCAGACAGCGCCGGCGCGCAGGAUGCCCCACAAGAUCGGCUUCGUCGUGGUCAGCUCGUCGGGGCACGAGGACGGCUUCAGUGCCCGGGAACUGAUGCUCCACGCCCCGACCGUCAGCGGGUGGAGGUCGCCAAGGUUUUGCCAGUUCCCCCAAGAAAUCGUCGUCCAGAUGGUGGGGCGAUGCCGCAUGAGGAAGCUGCAGCUGCUGGCCCACCAGUACAUGAUCCCCAGCAAGGUCGAGUUCUACGUCAGCGAGAGCCUGCCCGAGUGCUUCGCCCCGCACCAGGCCGAGCGGUUCCGCAGGCUCGGCUACGUCUCCCUCUGCGACAACGAGAAGACGGGCUGCAGGGCCCGGGAGCUGAAGUCCGUGCACGUGGAUGCAGUGGGGCAGUUUCUUAAGCUGGUCUUUCACCAAAACCACACCAACAAAUACAACAUCUACAACCAGGUCGCUCUGGUGGCGAUAAACAUCAUUGGAGACCCUGCGGACCUCGAUGAAAGCAACCUCGCCUCUAGGGAGAAGCUGAUUGACCACUACCUGGGGCACAGCACAGAGGACCCCGCUCUGGAGGGCACCUGCACUGGGAAAUCUGACUACAUUUCCCCACUGGAUGACCUCGCGUUUGAUAUGUACCAGGACCCCGAGGUCGCGCAGAUCAUACGCAGGUUGGAUGAACAAAAACGCGAGGCAGUCCAGCAGGAGCGCUAUGACUACGCCAAGAAACUGAAGCAGGCCAUCGCCGACCUGCAGAAGGUCGGGGAGCGGCUGGGGCGGUACGAGGUGGAGAAGCGGUGCGCCGUGGAGAAGGAGGACUACGACCUGGCCAAGCACAAGAAGCGGCAGAUGGAGCAGUACCGCAGCCGGGCCUACGCGCAGCUGGAGCUGCACAGCCUUGUGGAGGCCGAGCUGAUGCGGAGGCCCUCCGACUUGCCGCUGCAGCCCCUCACACGCUCUGCCAGUCCUCGCCGCCAGCCGCCCGCGCUGCCGCCACCCGCACAGGAGGAAAGAGGGACAGAAAACCGGCUUGCAGAGCCAUUCCUUCAGGAAAAGCCCUCGGUGCGCGCCCUGAACGCAUCUCCCGAGCACCACGCUGCGGACCGGCCGCUGCCCACCACACACCCACGCCUCAAGGGCCAUCGCGAACCCCUGCCCCACGACGAGCGGCCCCUCCCUGCUGCCCGCAAGCUGCCCGGAGCGGCCGCUGCAGAGCCAGACAAGAGUGACGGGGACAUCAGCGAGGUGCCCAGAGUGGGAGCCGUGGGCGAGCCAGAGCCCCUGACAGAGAAGGCCCUGAGGGAGGCCAGCUCCGCCAUCGACGUGCUGGGGGAGACCUUGGUGGCCGGGGCCUAUUCCAAGACGUGGUCGCACCGUGAAGACGCGCUGCUCGCCCUGUACGAGCAGCUGGCGGGCAUGCCGGUGGGGACCCCAAAGGAAGAGCUGAAGAGCGUGCUGCGCGCGGCCGUCUUCCUCGUCAGAAGAGCCAUCCGAGACAUCGUGACCCCGGUGUUCCAGGCCUCUCUGAGACUGCUGAAGAUGGCCAUCACACAGUACAUCCCUAGACAUAAGCUGAGUAAAGUCGAGACGACUCACUGUGUGGAAAGAACAAUCCCUGUUCUGCUCGCGAGAACUGGAGACUCGUCAGCUCGCCUCCGGGUCAUGGCUUCAAAUUUCAUCCAGGAAAUGGCCCUGUUUAAGGAAGUGAAGUCCCUCCAGAUGAUCCCGGCGUACCUGGUGCAGCCACUGAAGGCCAACGCCUCGGCCCACCUGGCCAUGAGCCAGAUGGACCUCCUGGCCCGGCUGCUGAAGGACCUGGGCACCGACGGCACGGGCUUCACCGUGGACAACGUGAUGAAGUUUGCAGCGCGCGCCCUGGAGCACCGGGUGUACGAGGUCCGGGAGACGGCCGUCCGGGUGGUCCUGCACAUGUACCGGCAGCACCGCGCACUCGUUCCCGAGUACCUCCCUCCGGAUGACAGCGCCGCGCGCAAGAACGUGCUCUACAAAACCAUUUUUGAGGGAUUCGCUAAAAUUGAUGGCAGACCUACAGAAGACGCUGAAAUCGGGGCACAGAAAAAAGCAGUUACAGAAGAAGCAGAAAAACAGAAGAAAGAAGAAAUUAAAGUUUUACAAGGGCAGUUGGCAGUGCUGAAAGAAAUGCAGGCAGAGGUGCAGGAGAAAGAGAGCGAGGCUGCCAGCACAGAGCGUCCAGACACUCUCGGAAGCGGGGCAGCCCCGCCCAGUGCUCCCGACGCGCCCGAGAGCCACUACCUCGAUCACCUGUGCAUUUUCUGUGGGGAGCGGAGCGAGGCGUUCACGGAGGAGGGCCUGGACCUGCACUACUGGAAGCGCUGCCUCAUGCUGACCAGAUGCGAGCACUGCAGACAGGUGGUGGAGGUGUCCAGCUUGACAGAGCACCUGCUGACCGAGUGUGACAGGAAGGACGGGUUCGGCAAGUGCUUCCGCUGCAGCGAGGCCGUUCCGAAGGAAGACCUACCCAGACACAUCAAAGCCAAGGACUGCCACCCCGCUAAACCGGAGAGGCUGGCCAACCGGUGCCCUCUGUGCCACGAGAACUUCCCGCCCGGGGAGGAGGCGUGGAAAGCUCACCUGAUGGGCCCCGCGGGCUGCACCAUGAACCUGCGCAGGACGCACGUGCUGCACAAGGCUCCGCCUCCGCCGCAGGGGAGAGGCCCCGCCGCGGCCAAGGCUGGGAGCUCAGGGCCGAAGGCGGGAAGCAAGAUCCCCACCCCAAAGGGGGGCCUGAGUAAAAGCUCCAGCAGGACCCUCACGAAGCGAUGACGUGCCGGGCCUCCGCCUCCGUGAUCUCCGUGGGGACCGAGCAAACGUCCCGCGUGAACCUUUCUCCUGGAAGCCGUCCUCGGGUGGGCAGCCGUGCUCCGCCCUGCUGUCCACACCCGGCUCCGUGUGGGGCUGACCAGAGAAGUGGCCCCCGACCUGGGGCCUGACCUCCGUGCUACAAGCUGUCAGGUCUAUGACGUCCUCCGCCUGGGCAGCCACCGGGAGGGACGUGCGGCUGGCAGGGAGCCGCCGCCGCUGCGGGAGGCUCACCGGAAGCGGGCGGCGUGGUGGUGCGGUGGCCGUCGGUCCGGC